UGUUCGAAACGAAAACUUACAACACAAGAGGAAAACAGUCGUUUCAGUGGUUAAAAGCGUCAGCGUUUUCAUUUAACACACGAGCCACAUGACCACAAGUCUACCGGUCAUGUGAAAGUUGCCCAUAUGACACGCAGAGCGUUUCCUUUUCAGCUGAAUACUGACGGCCAGUACCUAUAGAAAACAGUACACGCGCGCACAUGCACUUUAAAUCCUAAUGUCAGCGCAAAUCUGUAGACUGAAUACACUCGAUGGAAUAAUGCAUCCAGACUGUAUUUGUAAGAGCUUGAUUGUUUAUAGGAAGUCAAACAAUGGCAAACAAGUCUAAACGACGAACGAAACGAAAUGCACUGGGAAAUGAAACGGAGCAAGAAGCAUCAUUUGCCCUGACUGUAGAGAAGCCUCAAAGACAAGGCCCUGUGGAAGUGACCCCUAGCUCAGCAUGGCUGGACUUCAGGAGGAAAGUGUGUCUGCUGGUGCCAUUCAUGUGGCCCAGAGGAAGUGUGUGUCUGCAGGCUCUUGUGAUUCUGUGUGUUGGGCUGCUUGGUCUCGAGCGUGUCAUCAAUGUGUUCGUACCCAUUUACAGCAGGAAUAUCGUGAACCAGCUGUCAGCAUUGGAGAGCUGGAAACCCCUGGCCACAACGGUCUGUGUUUACGUCCUCCUUAAGUUCUUGCAGGGCGGAGGGGUAGGAACGUCAGGGUUUGUCAGUAACUUGCGCAGCUUCCUAUGGACACGUGUCCAGCAGUACACGAGCCGUGUGGUGCAGGUCCGUCUUUUCGGUCACCUGCAUGACCUCUCUCUGCGCUGGCACCUGGGCCGCCGCACCGGAGAUGUUCUGCGCAGCAUUGACCGUGGGACCUCCUCUGUCAACAACUUGUUAAGCUAUAUUGUGUUUAGCAUUGUACCCACUAUUGCUGACAUCGUCAUUGCCAUCAUCUAUUUCGUGACGUACUUCAGUGCCUGGUUCGGCCUCAUUGUCUUCAUUUGCAUGUUCUUCUACCUCACUCUCACCAUCAUCAUAACUGAAUGGAGAACCAAGUACAGACGAGAAAUGAACACUCAGGACAACAAUGCCAAGUCAAAAGCAGUGGACUCACUUCUCAACUUUGAAACUGUGAAGUACUAUAAUUCAGAAGGUUUUGAAGUGAGGCGCUUUGAGGAUGCUAUCCUGAAAUAUCAGGCAUGUGAAUGGACGACCAAUGCUUCCCUGGCCCUCCUGAACCAAACCCAGAACCUGAUUAUUGGAUUGGGGCUGUUGGCCGGAUCGCUGCUUUGCGCAUACUAUGUUACAGUGGACAAGUUUCAAGUUGGUGACUAUGUUCUCUUUGGAACAUAUAUUAUCCAGCUUUACACUCCUCUCAACUGGUUUGGUACAUAUUAUAGAAUGAUCCAAAGUGCAUUUGUUGACAUGGAGAGCAUGUUUGAUCUACUAAAAGAGGAAAAAGAGGUAAAGGAUGAUGUGAAUGCAGGAGACCUGUCGUUCACAGAAGGAAGGGUUGAUUUCCAGAACGUGUGUUUUAGUUACACUGCUGGAAAAGAGAUUCUCAGUGAAGUCUCAUUCACAGUGAUGCCUGGUCAGACAGUUGCUCUGGUUGGUCCUUCCGGAUCAGGAAAGAGCACCGUCAUCCGCCUGCUUUUCCGUUUUUAUGACGUUCAAGGAGGCUGCAUCCUCAUCGAUGGUCAGGACAUCUCAAAGGUGAGACAGAACUCCCUCCGAUCCUACAUUGGUGUAGUUCCUCAGGACACCGUCCUUUUCAAUGACAACAUCCGUGAAAACAUUCGCUACGGACGCAUCUCUGCAAGUGACCAGGAAGUGGAAGAGGCUGCAGUGGCUGCUGAUAUCCACCAUAAGAUAUUAUCCCUUCCAGACGGAUAUGCUACUGAAGUGGGUGAAAGGGGUCUGAAGUUGAGUGGUGGAGAGAAACAGAGAGUGGCCAUCGCUCGCACAAUCCUGAAAUCCCCUCGCAUCAUUUUGCUUGAUGAAGCCACAUCUGCUUUAGACAGUCAAACGGAGCGUAACAUUCAAGCUUCUCUUGCUAAGGUGUGUGCCAACCACACCACUCUCGUCGUGGCACACAGGUUAUCCACCAUCAUCAGCUCUGAUCAGAUCCUCGUCCUUCAAGAUGGGCGGAUAGCAGAACGAGGAAGGCAUGAGGAGCUGCUGGCCAUGGGGGGACUGUACGCUGCAAUGUGGUUAAAACAGCAGCAAACCCCAGAGUCAGAGGUCUCCACAGACGAACAACCGCAGGAGCCAUAGCAGAGCGACUGAAGCUGAUGGAGCAGCGAUGAUGAAUGAUGAUGGGUGAAAUCAAUCAGGAAAAAUGGUAAAAGAGCCCAGUGAGCUCUAAACUUCAUCUCAGACAGAGGGGCACCAGACUGCACAGAAGUAAUGAACUACGAAGAGUGUUUCUCAGGGAGCAAUUACAUAGGUCUGCUUAAAGAUCAGCCAAUCAUCGAGUACCUCUAGAUAUGUUAAAGGGAUUGUUCACCCAAAAAUAAAUGUAUGUCAUCAUUUACUCACCCUCAUGUCAUUCCAAUCUCUAUGACUUUUUUUUUCAUUUGUGGAAAAUGAAGACAAUAUUUUGAAGAAUGAUGGUAACCAGACCGUUUGGUCCUUAUAUGGAGAGAAAAAAAGAAAUUUCUCAAAGUAUUUCCUUUUAUUUCCCACAGAAGAAAGUCGUAGAUGUAAAUGAUAAUAGACUUUAAUUUUUUUAUUUUAUUUUUUUUUUUGGUGUAGUAUCCCUUUAAUGUUUAUGAAACAGCAGUAGUAUAAAAAUACUGUCAUGUGGUGACUAUAUUCAGUCAUUUCUGUUACAUUGUGUUUUUAUAUCACUUCCUGUGUUUACACUCUUAUUCGUCACAGUAGACUUGAAUGGAAGUAUCUCAACUCAGGGUCAAAAACUUUCACCAAAGUGUUAAUGCUUCACCAAACCAAAUAAACAACAUACUCCUCUUUACACUUGAUAAAGUCCAAAGAUCUAUCAUAUCUCUGUUGUUAACAUUUAUAGUUUUAGAUUUAUUAUAUAUAUAUAUAUAUAUAUAUAUAUAUAUAUAUAUAUAUAUAUUCAGUUUUUUAUGGAAUAUACUCAUCUACUGUACAUUAAACCAGUAUUUCAAUAUAAUGACAUACUGAACAUAAAGGGAUAGUUCACCCAAAAAUGAAAAUUCUGUCAUAAUUUAUUCACUCUCAAGUUGUUCCAAAGGUUUAUGAGUUUCUUUCUUUCAUAUUUUGAAGAAAUGUGGCGAUCAUACAGUUGACGUGGUAGCCAUUGAAAUCUUUAGUAGGAAAAAAUACUAUGGAAGGCAAUGGCUAGAGUCAACUGUCUAGUUAGCCAUAUUCUUCAAAAGAUCAUAUUUUGUAUUUAACAGAUCAAAAAACUCAUAAAGGUUUGGAACAGUUUGAUGGUGAGUAAAUUAUGACAGAAUAAUCAUUUUUUGGGUAUGUUUGACAUACAGUAAACUUUUCAUUUUGGUGUCUUUCUAUAUUAUUUGGAAAAGUUUCUUUUUUUGUAUUACAUUUUAUAAAGAAUUAAAUUCUGAACUUUUUUUAAAAAAUUGCUUUUCUAAAGGUGAAAGAUAUUUAAGUGACUAACAUGAACCAUGGAAAUAUUCAGGAAAUCAAAGAAUAGUCUGACUCUGUAGCCUGAAGAUACCCUCUAAUCAUUCUGGCUGCUGCGUUUCAUGAAAACAUUAGCAGAAUUUUGCAAUGUUUUUUUAUUUUUUAUUUAUUUAUUAUGUGGAUUGUGCACAAGUUGGUCAAGUACUUCAUUUUAAAACAAAAGUUUGUAAAUAAAUACAACCCUGACUAUGUA